UGGCACCUGAUACUAUUUUUUCAAGCUCGUGGCAACGCUGUUCAGUCGACGGGUAUGUUUUGCUAAAUUAUUCUGAAGCCGUUUUUGUGUUUUUAAUGGGAUGCAUCAACAGUACAAAGAAAUUAAACGAUUUAAAAGGAGAAAACGUAUUCCGUGCCGUACGACUUCACUCCGAUUUGACAGAGCAAGGGCGCACAGGGUUUCUGGAGCUAACUCCAAGAGAAUUGAUUUUCCGUACAGUAUCUAACCAGCGCCUUGUAUGGGCUUUGCAACAUCUACGCCGAUAUGGACUCAAUGGCGAUGUAUUUUCGUUUGAGGCGGGCCGACGUUGUAUGACCGGCCCUGGAAUUUAUACAUUUCGGUGUCAACGUGCAGACCAAUUAUACCAUCUGUUCCAAAGUAACAUAAAUGCUGUGUCCCUUGUGGCGGACGAAGCUUUUCCUUUUGGUGAACGUGAGCGCGAAUACCCAUCACAUAUAUUAGGACGUCCAGAAAAUAUACAUCCAACAAAUAAUUAUCUAGAACCAGCACCGGUAGUAAGCAGCGGAGCAGGACUGUCCGUUUUACAUGGCUCUAGAGCAAUUCGUGACUCUUUUAGUAGUAGUCCUUUAAGUCUUGACUCUCCAGAUUCCGCACCAAGUUUGUCAUUCGCUACAACUGAAGUUGUGCACUUUCAAAGUUCACGUUAUCCUGCUGGGCGCGGUAUGUAUGUCAACACACCAAAUUCAUCCAACGUACUCGCUAACAGCAAUGUGUAUUCGGAACAUCCAUUGCGAACGCAAGUGGAACAUAAUAAUAAUUUGUCAAAUGCUCCCAGCUGUGUACUUAAUACACUAAACCGCAAAAAUUUUGUUAAACACUCGUCUCUGGACAUACCACCAGAAGAAUUUGCGCCUAUGUUAACGCCACCAUCGGAAACACUGCAUAUGUAUGCCAACAUUGACAGUAGUGCACUUGCUGCUAACAGUUUUUGUUUUAGCGGCAUUGGAGAUAUCCGCAAUAUUGGACGCAAUCACGAUCGAUGCUACGAAAAUCUAAAUCGUGAUGAUUUAAAUUUUAUUAUCUCACAACAGAGUUUGUCGUCUAGCAUAACAGUUCGAGAUGUUAACGCGACGGAUGUAUCCAAGGAUCAGCAGUUUAUUCCGAUGUUGCCAACAGAAUCAAGGGCAGUCAAUUAUAUUGUUCUUGAUUUGGACCACCCUCGCAGUCCGACGCAAAGUUCUCCUAAACUACAUAAAGGAAGUGGUCCGUCUUUGACAACAGUUGAGGACAUUGAAGGCACGAAGGGAGCAUGCUCUAAAAUAACAUUCUUCCCAGAUACAUUACAUGCCAAUGUUACUUCUGCGACAAAUGCUACCACCUCAACAACAUCGAGUACAAACACAACGAAGACCGCAAAAAGUAAUGAAGGUGCUGAACAAAUGGAAAAAAAAGAAGAAUCGUCACUAGGCUACUCAACGAUAGAUUUUAUAAAGACAUGUGCACUUAUUAAAUCGUCUACACAUGGUGCAGAUUUCGAUCCAGAACCUGGCAGCGAAGAAUGCCGAAUAACUCGACAUAGUAAAUGCGUGCGAAAAGCUUACUCUAUUAGUGAGUAGGAAGUCGUACGCCUUACCAUACUCUUCACGUGUGUUGAACGCUUUUCCUGAAUUUAGAAUAAGGUGAGCCUGACUGGUAUUAUGUGACUUUUUAUAAGUAUGAAAUUAGCAAAAAAAUUUAGAGCAGAUAACUAGUAUUCCUAUCAUAAAUAACCGUAAGCCUCGGUUUUGUACGCUGAAAUUAACAAAAAAAACCUAGUUUAUAUUAUGCUAGUAGCAUGCCAGUCCAGUGAGCCAGUUGAGCGCUGGACUGGAAUGACUACAGUCAACAUUAUUCCUAGCAGUGAAAUAAAUUAAGCCACAAAUAGGGCAGCUGUUCCGAAUAGUAUCUGUUAGUUCGAGGCUGCUAGAAAGAAUAAAGGGGGCGGGGACACGCCCACCUUUCCAGUUUGAAAGAGCAGAUACCAAAGAAUUCAGUGGCAUGCCAUCCUCGAACUAGCAGAUACCCUCUGGAACCGAACCCAAAAAUACCACCAAUUUCGACGCUCAUAUAAAAAUUAAGGAGUACCCUUAAUUUUUUCAUGAUCCAAUCAUCGGAACUAAAAAAAUUAGAAUGGGACCACCCUUAAGGUGUCACCUUUCCGAUAAAAAAAAAAUUAAUGAAAAAAUCAAUAAAAACUGUUUUAGACAGACUUUAUUGUUAGAGUUACAAGAAGUCGUGGAUGAGGUUCAUAACGAAUUAAUAUAAGAAAAUCUAAUCACGUAAUAUUGCUACAAUUGUUUCUUCCUUUUUAGUAAUUCUACUUUUAUAAAAUUUUAUUUUGAAAUUUAAUAAUAUGUACUCUGGUGGCAGAAAUAAGAGACUCGCCUAAUUUUGACCUGUGUUGGCUAUAUUUCCUUGGUUUAUUUAAUGUUUAAUA